CCUGUUUUUGACUUUAACUUGAUAGAUCCUUUCCCCCAUCCAGCACACUCUCCACCCUCCCACGUCGUCAGCCUCGGUCCCGGCCUUCUUUCUUCUUUGACAUGUUUGUUCCCCACGGGCUCUACUGCCUGCAUCAAUGAUUUCCAUCACAUCUGAGGGGUUUAGAAGAAAGAAUUCAACUCGCAGGGCACCCCGUAACCGACUCCUGUCACUGGGCCAGCCAGAACCGCCCGUGACAAGACGAGAUCUUCCGAAAAGCGGUCAUGACAAAGGUAGACAACAUGCCAAAUGCAUAACGAAAUGGCUCCUCUUCUGCCGCCUUAUUCUCACUUACCACUCACUCCUCAGCAACAAGGACCCCUCUUUGUCUUCUGUCGAGUCGAAGACCCUCUUGCGCCGGCAAGGCACGAAUCCCUGCGUAAAUCGGGCUUCCCGCCUCGCUUUACACAGUGGUCCCUGGGAAACCGGGCCCCAUGGAAAGCACGUCAUGUUGCGGAAAGUAACGCAUUGCAAUGAUGCUUUCUCUUUCUUGGUACGGAGUAUUUCUUGGGAAAAAACGCUACCCUGCGUAACAAACUCCCUUGGCGGAUCAGAUGCUCUCAACAGCAACAACAGGGCACAAGGAGAAUAUAGCAAAAGCCGACGGGAGCAGCAACCAUUGCCGCGCCGCGGUUACGAGAUGCUUUUCCCCAAACCACAAAGUUGUCAUUCUUGUUUUGUUUGUGUUGAACCUUCUUUUUGCCCUUUUCGCCAUUUCUACCUUUUACUGGAGCAACCGACGGCGAGGAUCGGUGGAGGCAGGAGGUAACGCGGGAGGUAAAAGGGGCGGCCCCCAGAAGCUUCGCAGACGUCACCG